GGAGGAGCUCUGGGGGCGUGGCCAGCGCAGCCACAGCAGCCUCCAGCAUCAGCCCCGCCGCCGCUUCUUCCUCCAGCCAUGCCGGCCUUCGUGAUCUCCACCAACGUCUCGCGGGACGCGCUGCCCGAGGGGCUGCUGGCCGAGCUGACCGAGGAGCUGGCCAAGGCCACGGGGAAGCCGGCGCAGUACGUCUCCGUGCAGGUGAACCCGGACCAGGUGAUGUCCUUCGGGGGCUCCAGCGCGCCCUGCGCCAUCUGCAGCCUCCACAGCAUCGGCAAAAUCAGCGCGCCGCAGAACAAGGCCUACAGCGCCAUGCUGAGCGCGCUCCUGGCCAAGCGCCUGCGCGUGCCCGCCGACAGGGUCUACAUCAACUUCUACGACAUGGCCCCGGCCAACGUGGGAUGGAACGGCUCCACUUUCGCGUAGUGGCGGCGCCGCGGCUGCCGGGGGAGGGGCGGGGCUGGAGGGCGGGGCAAUAAAGGCUUCCGAACAGUC